AUGCCGGAAUCUACUCAACAAUCUCAUCUUUCUUUGGACCAUGAGAAGAUGCAACAACCUCCUAAAGGGUUCACUGAACGUUCUAAAACAAAACCAAACUUACCUGAUUUUGAAACUUAUCAAAAAUUAUAUAAACAAUCAAUUGAAAACCCCAAUGAAUUUUUCACUCAACAAGCCAAAGAAAAUUUGGAUUGGUUUAAACCAUUUGAUUUAGCUAGAUUCCCUAUUGAUCCUAAAGAUGAUUACAAAAAUGGUGAUUUGCCAGCUUGGUUCAUCAAUGGACAAUUGAAUGCUUGUUAUAAUGCUGUUGAUAGAUGGGCCAUUAAAAACCCUGAUAAACCAGCAAUUAUUUAUGAAGGUGAUGAACCUGACCAAGGAAGAAUUAUCACUUAUGGAGAAUUAUUAAAACAAGUUAGUAAAUUAGCUCAAGCCUUAACUAAAUUGGGUGUUAAAAAGGGUGAUUCAGUUGCUGUUUAUUUACCAAUGAUUCCUGAAGCCAUUGUCACUUUAUUAGCCAUUGUUAGAAUUGGUGCUAUGCAUUCAGUUGUUUUUGCUGGGUUUUCUUCUGCUUCAUUAAGAGAUAGAAUUUUGGAUGCUGAUUCAAGAAUUGUUAUUACUGCUGAUGAAUCUAAAAGAGGUGGUAAAACCAUUGAAACCAAAAAAAUUGUUGAUGAUGCCUUGAAAGAAUGUCCAAAAGUUAGAAAUGUCAUUGUUUUCAAAAGAACUGGUAAUUCUCAUGUCCCAUUUUCUCCUGGUAGAGAUUUGUGGUGGCACGAUGAAAUGGCUAAAUAUGGCCCAUACUUCCCACCAGUUCCUGUCAAUUCUGAAGACCCAUUGUUCUUGUUGUAUACUUCUGGUUCUACUGGUAAACCAAAGGGGGUUCAACAUAACACUGCUGGUUAUUUGUUAGGAGCAGUUUUAACCACCAAAUACACUUUUGAUGUUCAUGAAGAUGAUAUUUUGUUCACUGCUGGUGACAUCGGUUGGAUCACAGGUCAUACUUAUUGUGUUUAUGGUCCGUUGUUAGCUGGUGCCACAUCAGUGGUUUUCGAAGGUACCCCAGCUUAUCCAAAUUAUUCCAGAUAUUGGGAAAUUGUUGAUAAAUAUAAAGUUAAUCAAUUUUAUGUUGCUCCAACUGCUUUAAGAUUAUUGAAAAGAGCUGGUACCAAAUAUGUUGAAAAAUACGAUUUAUCAUCUUUAAGAGUCUUGGGUUCUGUUGGUGAACCAAUUGCUGCUGAAGUUUGGCAUUGGUAUAAUGAUAACAUUGGUAGAGGUCAAGCUCAUAUUGUUGAUACUUAUUGGCAAACUGAAUCAGGAUCUCAUUUGUUGACUCCAUUAGCUGGUAUCACACCAACUAAACCAGGUUCAGCUUCAUUACCAUUCUUUGGAGUUGAUCCAAAGAUUUUAGACCCAACCACUGGUGAAGAAUUACCUGAUAAUGAUGUUGAAGGGGUUCUUGCCAUUAAAUCAGCUUGGCCAUCAAUUACUAGAGGUAUUUACAAUGAUUACAAUAGAUUUAUUGAUACUUAUUUGGCACCAUACGCCAAUUAUUAUUUCUCCGGUGAUGGUGCUGCUAGAGAUAGAGAUGGUUUUUACUGGAUUUUGGGUAGAGUUGAUGAUGUUGUUAAUGUUUCUGGUCACAGAUUAUCAACUGCUGAAAUUGAAGCUGCCUUGAUUGAACAUCCAAUUGUCGGUGAAUCUGCCGUUGUUGGUUAUGCCGAUGAAUUGACUGGUCAAGCCGUUGCUGCAUAUGUUUCGUUAAAGAAGGAUAAAGCCGUUGGUGAAGAUGUAGAAAACAUUAAAAAGGAAAUGAUUUUAACAGUUAGAAAAGAAAUCGGACCAUUUGCUGCUCCGAAAAUGAUUUUAUUAGUUGAUGAUUUACCUAAAACUAGAUCUGGUAAGAUUAUGAGAAGAAUUUUAAGAAAAGUAUUGGCUGGUGAAGAAGAUCAAUUGGGUGAUAUUUCUACUUUAUCUAAUCCAGGUGUUGUUCAACAAAUCAUUGAUGUUGUUCAUCAUGCAAAGAAAUAA